CAGACAGACAGGCAGGCAGGCAGACAGGUACAGGCAGCAAUCGGCCAGUGCGCCGACCACCAGGCAGACCCCACAGCUGACCCGCUCACCCGCCCCCCUACGUACCUACCGACCCAGGCAAAAGGGGCAUGGACCAAGGAAGGAAUCUAUCUAUCUAUGAAAUGGCAAAAAUCUGAAUGAAAGGGCCUGGCCUUCCGUCAUGCACAUACACAUACACACAAACGCACACGCACGCACUAGGGCAAGGAAGGCAUGACAGACAGGACAAGGCAGGCAAGGCAAGGCAAAGCGAGGUGAGAGAAGGUGAGACAAGGACGAACGAUUGCAGGCAGGAAGGUAGGUAGGUAACGUACUUACUGUGCGCAUGCAGGUCGUGACAUCCGUAUGAAUUGUGUUGUGUUGUGUUGUGUUGUGUGCUGUGUGUUCCGUUGUCCGUGUGUGGCAUGGGAUAAACCGGAUGGAUGCCAUCAAAUCGAUAAUAAAGGCCCCGCACCACACAGACACACACGGACAGGCAGGCAGGCAGGCAGACACCCGCACACACACACACACACAUGGACAUGGACACGGACACGGAUGGACGGCAAGAAAUGCGAUUGAUGCGGCAAAAACAGGGGUGUAGGGAUUUGCAGAUCGAAAGGCAGGCAGAAAGGUGUAUGGGUGCGGGGAUGGAUGGAUGGAUGGAUAAAUCAAUCAAGAAAAACACUCGUGGACUGAUGGAGGGGAGGGGUGUGUGUGUGUGGAAGGGUGGGGCAGUUGGUGAGGUCAUCGGACAGGGCGGCAAAAGUGUCCAUCCACUGUCCGGAGCGUCUCACGGGGUUUGCGAGACGGCAGCGGACGUCAACAGCUCUAGCUCCUCCACCACACCAUCUGACACACACAGCACACACACACACACACAGGUGAUCCUCCCUCCACCUGUUUGUGUGAUUGUAGACAGACAGACAGACUGACUUACCGAUGAGCACUUUGGGUUCCUUGAUUGCCCGUGUGUCGGCGCACACGGCGAUGGCGAGUUUGUCGACGUACGUCAGGAAUGACAUGCUCAGCCCCGAACGCAUCGGCCGGAAAAAAUUGCACACACUGAGGAUCUCCACACCUGCAACACAACAAACCACACAAGACACAAAGGGACCAGUGUGUCUGUGUGAGUGAAGGAUGGGUAGCUCGGCAGGCAGGCACGUACCGGCAAAUCGAAUGGGUUGGGCGGGGCCCUUGAGCGACGAGAACAUGAAGGACGCCCGAGCCAUCAGCCACGGCACCAACUGACACACACAGACAGGCAGACAGACAGACAGGCCGACCACACAAGCGGAGCGCAUGCAUGCUUUGCUGGAGGGCAGUGUUUCUCGGCCCCUCCCUCCCUCCGGCCCUCACCUUGCUGAAUGCGGGGAGGGUGAGCACAGCACGGAGGAUUCGCGCAAUCUGAUGAUAAAUAAGUCGGAGAAGGAAGGAGCCCACACGUCUGUCCGUUCGUCUGUCCUGGUGACUCUUCGGUUCGGCUCGCUCACCACAGUGACGAGGUAUGGUUCGGCGGAUGCCUUGAUGCCGUCCAUCGUCCUCUUGGUGCGCAUCAACCGCGUUCGGCUGCUCAGGUUCAAGUCGGUCUCAAACGGGACUAUCGAUCGCACCACACACGAAGAAGACAACAAGUGAUGUGAUUGUGAGGUGUGUGGAUGCCCUCGGCUUGGCUUACCGACGAUGAAGCUCAGUGAGUUUCCAUCGGCCUCCGGGACCUGCAGACGGCUGUCGGCCAGCCCGCCACCCACCCCUCCCUUGCACCCACGGUCGCUCCCGUCUCCCUUAGCAAAGGCGCCCAGCUUGGUGGUGUGCGCCGCGGCUAUGGGGCUGCUCAAGGCCGUGCUGGCGUCGCUGAAGCCCCUGCUCAUCGUCCGGCGCACGCACCCAAUCUCGAUGUCCGUCCCGGUGUCGCUCAGAGCGUCGCUGCGCACCGACCGGGGCGGCGAGGCCAUGGUGCGGCUGUGGUGAAACGAGGCUACCUCUGAGAAGGCCCUGGGGGACGAGUCGUCGACGGUGGCGGCAAUGGUCGGGGCUCUGAGGCCAUCUGGGAGGUUGGGAGGGCUCUGGGGGAGUGGUGCGAAGGACAUGUGUGAGGUGGAUGUGCUGGCGGAUGGUGAGGGAGAGGAGGCGGCCGGGGGCGGGUCGCGCUUGCCGGACGGGCCAGGCUGGUUUUGCUGCUGCUGCAGCUGUUUGGUGCGGAGGUUGAACAUCGACACGCCGGAAAUCGCACCAAAACGCUGACGACGAGUGACAGAGUGACAGACAGACAGGCGGAUAAGGGUGGACACGAGUGAAGGUACGUGCUCCGGUCCUUGUGAGUGUUUGUGUAUGUAGCCACGUACCUGCUUCAUGGCCUUGUCGUCCACUGAGUGCAGGUACCUCGAUAGGCCCCCGCCGGCAGCUGGGCACACACACACACAGACACCCAGACACACAUAAGAACAACACAGCGUCCGUCGGCUGUGUGAGUUUGUGCAGAUGUGUACCUACCGGUGGCCAGGACGUCGUUGACAGUGACCCCGAGCACCUUGCUGGCGCGCUUCACCUUAGGGAAACAGUAUUCCCUACAAGUAAGAGGAAAAGGGAAAAGCGCAUUGAUGCGGUGCCAAACCAAUCCAAUCCACGCACGCCCUCGUGUGCCUGUCAGGUCAGCCUCACACUCCCUCACACAUACAUACCUGACGUGGAAGGUCCGCUGGUGCGUGCCGUCGUUUCUCGGUCCCCGCCUGAAGGUCCACAGGCGAGUCCUCCUAUCCCCCAGCAGUAUGGCCUUCAGGAACUUGCCCAAACUCGACACGCCCGUCGCGACCAGCUGCCCGGCUCGCCUUCCCCCAGCCACCCACCGCCACACGCACCGCGGCACCAGCCACGUGAAGGGCCUCACCACCAGCAGAAAGGCCGCCCGCCAGAGUGACAAGACCGCCGUGAUGGCCGAUGACACCAGACCCCUGGUGGCGGCUCGACCCUGGCCCUGUGUGAGCGAUGUCGAUGAUGGGCAGGUCGAGAGGGAUGGCGUGUCGGGCAGAUCUUUGCCCAUCGGGGACGGCUGGGGGGUGCUGUUGGUGCUGCUUGUGGUGGUAGUGGAAGCGCCGGUUGAGUUGUCCAUCUUGUCGGCGUAGAAUGCGUCAAAAAGAUCGGAUCCGUCCCCGAGGGCGUGUGAGACGUGGAGCAUGAUGGUGAAGGUGUCGGGGUGGCCCGAGAAGCUGAUGAGGCCCACCUGCCACGGCGGCAGCUCGGGGGGGAAGGCGAAGUCGUUGAGCCGAGGCGUGAUGAACAAGCGAACCGCUUCCUCGGGCGACACGCCCGACGUGUCCAGGGUCACUGACGAAAACACACACACACACACACACGCACGCACGCACACGCACACGCGUGUGGAAGAACGCCUCGGUCCUGAUCGUCUGUCUGUCUGUCUGUCUGUCUGUGUGUCUUUACCUUGGAAUAUGUUGUCUGCCAUGCGGAAUGAGGGGCAGGGCACCCAGUAGAAUUUGUCCUUGUGCAGGACGGCGCGGCAGACGAGUCGGGGGAAUGUCACCGCCACACGGGUGAACUGGUCAAUCAGCGCCGGGAGGCUGGGCUUCUCGCUCGAUGUCAACAGCGACACAAUCACCUACAACCACACAGCAGUGCAGACCAGACGUGACACCAGAUCUUGCACUCAGGCGCCUUCCUGCCUUGCUCUGUGACUGCUUGACUCAGCUCACUCACCGGUCCGUCAUCGAACAGCUCGAACCCCCUGAGCACCUCGCUCAUGUGCGACAUCUUCUGCACGCCAAGAUGCACGCGCUUGGCAGUGCCCCCCUCCCUCUCCUCAUCGCGCCCGUCGUCCCGCAGCGACAGCGAAGACUCGGACGCGCGGCUCCGCAGUGACAGUGAACAAUCCAUUACGUCAGGCGGCUUCGCGCAGUGCUUCGCACAACGGCUGCGUGCUUCGCCUUGCGGUGAGGAAAGCACCUCGCAGCCGCCGAAAC